GUAGUGGGCAAGCGCCACAAGUGAGGAACAAGAAAGCAAGCAAGCAGGCAAGGCUCUGAAGCGUCAGUGGCAGAACGAACGAUUUGGUGACAAAUGCAGAAGCCCAUCGACGCCUACCGCCAGCCGUGGGAGACUGACGAGAACUGGGACCUCCGGCGAGAGUUUAUCAUGGCCAACGACGGCAAGGUCGAAGAGGUCUUGCUGCUGAGCCUAUCGCAGGCGUUCAUCAACAUGAAGACUCUGCGCUGCACCUACCCAGCCGACGUGUGCUCCGAGGUUGCCGAGUUGUCCAAAAACGUGGAUAGGCUUCCCGAGCUGCUGGCCAAGCGGCGCCAGAAUAGGAGCAUCUUGUUCGCGAACGAACCAAAGCGCGGUGCUAUCACCAAGAAGGCGCGGUAUCCACCGCUCGAGCUGCGCUGAACGCAGAACCUAUAGAUGGACGCUGCUUGACGACAGCUGCCAACAGCGUCGGAUUUAAAUUGAUGUCUCGUUCAAAUCAAUGACAUGCAGAAAUCUGGGAAUUGAAAAGUGCCGGGCCUUCUGAUAAUACAUUUUGAACAACGUAAGUAAACCACAUUUUACAGCGAAGCUGUUAGCCUCUCGGUGACCGUCAUUUUUCGUGUCCUCGUCCGUUAGCGAAGAAUGUGGGCCGAUUCCGGUGGCAGUGUAGAGGCCAGCAGCAGUGGCUCGUAUCCCCGUAAUGCAGAGGUUUCAAGCACUCAGCAAUGUGAAGCGAAAAGUGCAUACAUACUUUGGAAUCGCGCAUACAACAUACAGAAAAGCACACGUUUCAAUAAAGAACAAGCACAAAACAAGCAUCCGAACCACAUAAUUGAUGAUAAGGCACUCCUCAUAACAAUGCGAAGAACUUCGCCCUCCCCGCAUGCGGUUCCCGGUAACGAUUACAGUUGCGCAAGCUGCCGCGGCGACGGCAGCUUGCGACGUGGGUAUGAUGUCACUAGCAUUUCGUAAAUAAAAGAACCAGCUAGCAGCUGAUUUCAGUGUUGUUGGAGCACCGCUAUGGGUGACGGCGUGUUGUCAAAGUUACCAUUAAUCCCAUUACGACCAUUAGUCUAAAUUACAAUUGCUACCAUUACUCUAAAGCAAUGAAGCAUUGCAUACACCCCUCAAAAGUUGUAGUGGUAUUUCCAACAGUCACGCUGGGCAUCCACUUUCGCAGUGCCAGGAUGGAGAGUCAAUAUUUCAAUUAAAAAUCUCCAAUGACACCAAACUAAAAAAUACCGCCGUAAUGGCUAUAGGGUACGACAACGCUUUGUGUUAGAAUAGAAAAUUUUUUGACAAAAAUAAAUGAUACGGGAGAUUUUUAUAGGUGGUUUGGUGAACGAGACACGCCCAAAUUCGUUGGAAAUGAGCGCAAGUACUGAUUCGUGAUGGUUAACGCAACUAAUGAACAGAAAGCUACAGAAUAAAGGCAGGAAAGAAGGAAACGAGGACAAGAACAGGAAUUGUGACUGCGAAAAUGAGAAACAAGCAAAAAACAAAAAUAAAAGCAGUGAAAACGCAACUGAAAACGUCCAUGAACUGAAUCGAACUGAAAACCUCCAUGAAUCGACGCCGUAUUUAUUUUAAUGGUUGAUAGUUAUAUUAUUUUACCACCGUCAUAAUAUUGUUGUCGUGACCUGACAGUCGUAGUUUUUGGCAAGCUAAAAGGGCAUGCACCAUCGUGAGUUGAAUCUUCCUACAUCUAUUCUCACUGUAAAAACGUAACUGAACGCACCAUUUAUUUGUAUGGAAGUAGUCGUAUGCACUUAAGUGCGCUUUCAAAGACGUCUUGGAAUGCGAUAAAGCACUUGCAUUAGGUGCAGCGACGUAAGUUCUUUCGCUUUACUUUCCCGAAUCGAUUCACCUGUUAUUGGCAGAAGAUAAUUUUGUUCUUGUACCCAUGAUAUCAGGCCACAGUAGCAGCAACAACAUUCCGAUUUCACCGAGGCAACAAAAUGAUCGGUUCGGGAAAGUAAACUGAAUCCCCCUUA